UCUGUGCGCUGUAUUAUUGGGCCCCGUUGUAAAGUGUAAAGAGCUGUUGUAAAGUGUAAAGAGCUGUUGUAAAGUGUGGGUCUGCAGGCGUUUUCAGGUCAUUUUUAUAAUGAAACACCGCUUACUUUACGGGAUUGUUCGUUGGGCAUGUGUGCGGCGAUGUCCGAGACUCGUUCUCUCUCCGUCUCGUCGAGCGUUUUCGGAGGUUUCUGCUCCUCCGAGCGGCGCUCUGAAACAGUGGACUGUAGUGGUCAGUUCUUUUGUCAAAAUCAAAUGCUGUCUUCACUGUAAUAUAUCAGUACGACCACUAGACCCGCAUGCCUUUCCGGGAGCAGACCGGGCGUUCAUUACUCUCCUUGGAAGCUGUGAUGUGCAGGACUUCAGUCUGGACAGCUUUCAUGUUCACUAUGAUGACCAGAGCAAAGAACUUAGUAUUAGGAGCUCGGAUGAGUCCAGCAGUAAUAUGUCUGUGGAACUGACAACUCCGAUUAAAAGUGACCUCCAAGUUGUUACUCAGGGAACGGGCAAUGUGAGGAUCCAGAACAUGGAAAGUGACCUCUGUCGGGUUCAGACAGAAAGAGGUCACUGUGUCCUUCAGUCUGUAAAGAGUCAUAAAGUUCAGAUACAGUCUGGUGGAGGAGACAUCAUAGGCAUGGGUACUAUACACGGUGACGUAGACAUCAGUGCUGCUGGAGACAGUAGUGUUGAUAUUAAAAAGAUGCAGGGGACUGCCAUGAGUGUGUCCACAGAGCAUGGUCCACUAAAAGUGAAAGCCAUUUAUGCUGAGUCGAGUUUAGUGGCUUCCUCUUCAGGGAAAAUCCAUAUUGGACAUUUACACGGUGAAGCACGUGUGCAGAGCGACAGGGGGGAUGUCAUCAUUGACAGUUCGAGUGGUGCUCUGACAGCGGUCACUAAUGCUGGAAACAUUGAUGUAUAUGUGAGCCAAACUGGAACAGCUGAUCUUCAUACCCAGCAAGGUGCUGUGAGCAUCCGUGUGCCGGCCACUAUGAAGGCAGGGGUCCAACUUUGUGGGACCACGGUGGACAUCAGUUCAGAGCUCUCUCAAGAAGCAGAGCACCAUCCAGCUGAAGGGAGAACUGUAGUUGUGGCCCAGCUGAACAGUGGCACUGAGGAGGACUGCUGGAUCAAAGCCACUGCGGAGAGAGGCACCGUGAGUCUGAAGACCCAGAGCUGGUUUGAGACGCUUAGACUGGGGAGCUGAACUGGGAUAAAAUGUUUGGUUAAAUAUCACAUUUGGAGAGCUGUGAUUACUUAAAUAUAACUGUAAGGAACUUUUUUCCCUUUACACAGUCUGCAGUGCGAAGAAGAACGAAGGCAGCAGCUUGUUUAGGCAACAAGAAAAAAAUUCUGUUUGUCUUAUUUAAAUUAUUACUAUUUACAGUUUUACUAACAAGCAUUUUCAGGGCUAAGUUCUCUUUCAUAAAACUUGUCACACAACUAGUAUAACGACACUCUGUUUGGGCCAAAACUAUGAACAGUUGUAUCCUUGUUGGAAUAGAGUAAGAUCAUUAGAUCUCUAGGGAUCAUUAGAAGAGAAUUCAAAAACAGGUUCUCCAGUUCUCUUCUCACUCUGUCUCAGCCUUUAACACAACUGUGUAUUUCUGUCGCCCAGUUUGCAAAUAAUGAAAUGAACUGUGCUAAGCUGCAGGUUUCUGCUGACAGGGGUGUGAAGAGUUUUUAAAAAAUGCACUUAGCGCUCAAAAAUGCUUCUUAACUUUGAAAAAAAAAGUAAAAAAGUAAAUAAAUAUAUUUAUCUCA